AUGCCAGAAGAGUGUUGUGUGGAAAGACGUUCAGUUCAUGCGUGCCCAUCAGUAGUAUCCAAACCUAUGUUCGAUAUGAAUCGUCGAGAGACAUGGCUUAAAGUAAAACGCAUCACAGCGUACAUCUUGAAAGCAGUGCGUCUAUUCAAGACUAAAACCAAGUCUUCAGAAGCUGAACUAACCACUGAUGAGUUAAAGAAGGCAGAGUUAAGGUGUUACCAGUGGAUUCAACAGGAGAUCUACCAGGAGGAAUAUGCUUUGCUGAAAAGUGAAAAGCCCGUUCCUAACAAAAGUCGUAUAGUCAAGUUAGACCCCUACUUUGACGAAGAUGAGCAGCUGAUAAAAGUAGGAGGACGUUUGCAAUAUUCCGAUGUUUCUGAAACCAUAAAACAUCCAAUCAUAUUACCACAUGGACAUCCAGUCGUUGAGAAGAUUAUAUUAGACACUCACAAACACUUGUUACACGCAGGGCCAGAAACAGUAUUGUCUACUCUGAGACAAAACAUCUGGCUUACUCAAGGAAGACGUGAAGUUAAGCGUGUCCUUAGAAGAUGUGUCACUUGUCAAAAGCAGYAAGUGAAGUCCUGUGCGCAGAAGAUGGGACCUUUACCAGCUGAGAGAGUUACUCCAUCACUUCCAUUUACUCAUAUCGGCAUUGACUUUGCAGGACCUCUUAGCAUUAAAGAGGGUUCGACGACAAAGAAAGCUUGCAUUUGUAUCUUUACAUGUGCAUCAUCUCGUAUGGUUCACCUAGAACUUUCUUCAAGCCUUUCAAGCCUUUUCUCGUAUGAUAAAUCGUAG